AGGACAGAAAAUGAUAAAACAAUGCAUUUCACUUUCAUGCAGAUAAUUUUACCUAACCUGAUUAUAAAAGGUACAACAGUGAUCUGUAGUAUCUCUGACAGGUGUAAAGCAGGUAGAACAGCAGAUCAUGAGGGAGAGGUGGUUGUCAUGGAAGAAAAUCUCUGAGGAAACAAUCAGGCAGCAGUCAGAGAAACAGCCGAGGAGGGGUGAACAGACGAAAGGAACUGUCCGAAGAAGAGGAAGACGAUGGCGGAGCAUCCAGCAGCAUCAGCAGCAACAGCAGGAGGACCAGUGGGAAGCAUUGGCCUGCGGGACAUCCUGAGAGGACGGCCAGACGGAGGUCAGAGGACCAGGAGCAGCUCCAACAUGAUCCGAGUGUUCAUCAGCUCCACAUUCACAGAUAUGAGCGCUGAGAGAAAAGCUCUCCGGGAGAAAGCUUUCCCAGAAGUCCUUGCUUUCUGUCGCAGGCUGGGGCUGGUGUUUGAGGUGGUGGAUCUACGAUGGGGGAUUCGGAGCAUCUCGUCUGGAGACCAUGAGACCUGUGAGAUCUUCCUGCAAGAGAUCCAGAUCUGUCAAAGGAUUUCAGCUGGUCCAGCUUUCAUCGCUCUGCUGGGAAACCGAUACGGUCAUAGAGCUCUGCCUAGACUCAUCCCUGAGAAACUGUUUGAAGUUCUUUUGUCCUCACUUUCCAAAAACCCUGAAGGCACCAAGCAGCUGAGUCAGUGGUUCUUAAAAGACAAUAAUUCUGUCCCGCCCACCUACAUCCUUCAGCCAAUCCCAGCUCACUUCCCCCACUACAGUGACCUCCGAUCUGAGAGUGGGCCUGAGCGCGACAAAGACGUCCUCUCCUGGCGUUUUACAGAGACUCAACUGUUGCGGCACCUACGCUCGGCUGCCACGGAUGCCGAGGCAGCCGGUGACAUCACAGCCGAACAGAAACAGCUCUUCUCAACAUCAGUCACAGAGCGGGAGUUCGAACAGGGUUUGUUGAAGGACGUCAGAGAUCAGUCUGCUCUGCUCUUUGUUCGAGAAAUUCCCCGCCAGAGGGUGAGAGAUGGUCCCAAACGUCUUGCCAAAUACAUGGACCUGACUGCUGACGGCCUGCUGGACGCAGACGCUCAGGGACUCCUCACCAGUCUGAAGGCCCGCCUCUACGCCACAUCACAGAAAAUCCUCAACCUGCACUGUGUGGAGCUAAGCAAAGGAAGCAUUGACCCGAAACGAAAAGAGCAUGCUCAGUACCUGGACAGCAUCUGCGAGCAGUUCGUCUCUCAGAUGAAGGCAAGGAUAGGAGCAGUGAUGGAGUCAUCAGUGGAGGAGAGGGGGAGGAAGGUUUGGGGUAACAUCGAGGAGGAGAAAGAGGAGAUAUCAGACUGGGUGGUUGCAGAGGUUAAACAGCAUGUCACCACAAGCACCGAGCUGUGCAGAGGUCUCCACGGCAGGGAGGGGCUUUUGGGAAAACUCUGCCUUGCCAUGUGGGAGUCCACGAACGUUCCUCAUGCCCCUCUGGUGGUGCACGGGGCUGCUGGGAUGGGGAAGACGGCUCUGCUGUGCAAGCUGGCGGAGGAGAUGCGUGGUGUCCUAGAAGGUGGAGCGUUGGUGGUGAUCAGGUUGCUGGCAGCACGUCAUCCUCAGAGACCAGAAAUCAAUCACGUCCUCCGCAGCGUGUGUUUUCAGAUCUGUUUAGCUUGUGGUUUAGCUCUGCCCUCCCCGCUGUCAGCCAACACUCACCUGGAGCUGCUGCGGUUCUUCAAGAACAUCCUAGCCGAUGUCUCCCAGCAGGGAAACACCAUGCUCAUUAUCCUGGAUGCUCUUGAUCAGCUCUCUGACCAACAUCAUGCUCACAAACUCUACUGGCUUCCCACUGACCUCCCACCGAACAUCCACCUGGUGGUUUCGAUGGAUACAAACAGUGAGGUGUUUGCUAACAUGCGGCUGAAGUUGGUGUCUUUGGAGAGUUUCUUUGAAGUGGAGCGUUUGUCUCGUGAUGAGGGGAAACAGGUGAUGGAGUCAGACCUGCUAGCGUCACAGAGGACCUUGACCCCAGAGCAGAGCGACACAGUGCUUCAAAGUUUCGACUCCUCUGGCUGUCCGCUCCACCUAAAACUGACUCUGUCUGCAGCGAAACGGUGGACCUCCUUCACCCCGCUCACACACAUACACCUGGGAGCAAACACACAGGAAAUGAUGUCACAGCUCCUGCUGAUGCUGGAGGGGAAACAUGGGAAGGAGCUGGUGGGCGGGGCCUUGGGAUAUAUUACUUUGGCAAGGGAAGGUCUGUUGGAGUCUGAGCUGCAUGAUGUCAUGUCCUUGGAUGAUGAUGUCAUCACCGAGGUUUACCGAUACUCCCUUCCUCCAACCCCCUCGUUGAUCCGGCUGCCCCCCCUCCUGUGGGCUCGACUCAGGCGGGACCUCGAGGAUCAGCUGGAGGAGCGCUGGACGGGACAAGUUGCUUAUAUUGCCUUCAACAGCAGGCGUCUGUGUGAGGUGGUUCAGGCUCGGUAUCUGACUUCAGAGCGGAAGGGGCGAUGCCUCAAGAUCCUGGGGGAGUACUUUCUGGGUCGAUGGUCGGGGAAACUGAAACCAGUGGCUCUGCCGGGUCUGUCACUUCUCCUCUCUGACAGAAAGGUCCCGCCCCAGCCUCUGUGGUUUGCUCCGGGAUUGGUUAACGUCAGGAAGCUCCAGGAGCUGCCGUAUCACCUGCUGCAUGCUGGGCUGUGGGAUGAACUACGACAAGAAGUCAUCGGCAGCGCAGAGUGGCUUUACUGUAAGAGCAGAGUCUGCGGGGUGUCCAUUGUGAUCCAGGACCUGGACCAGUGCUCUAAGUACAUGGACUGCAUUGAGACCAGACUGAUCCGAGACACUCUAGAUCUCAUCAAACCAAGUCUAGACUUCCAGGAGGGUCACAUGGAUAUGUCUCUGUUCUACACUGAGCUGUUAGCCAGACUCUGCUCCUUGGCCAAGCCUUUCCCCUCUAUGAUUGGCCGACUGUGCAGCCAAUGUGAGGAGUGGUUACUGACGUGUCCAGAGCCAAUUCUCAUCCCUAAAUGCAGCUUCCUGCAGCAGCCAGGAGGGGCGCUACAGCACACACUGACUGGUCUGCAGGGAGGUGUUCUCUGUCUGGACAUUAGCGUGGAGGCGGAGCUUCUGGUCGCAGGUUCAGAUGACGGUGUGGUGGCAGUAUGGAGCCUGAUUGACCAGCAGCUCAUUCACUCACUGAUGGGACACACAGGCGCAAUUCUGGCUAUCAAAGUGCUCAUGAGCUCCGCCCACUGUCUCUCAUUGGCUGCUGAUGGCUCUCUGAGGAGGUGGAGCCUAACAAAUGGAAAACAGCUGCUCUGCAUCCAGGAGGCAGUACCUGUUGACUCCACCCCUUCAUCAGCACACCUCCAUCUGUCCAAACAGCUGCUGUUUGUUUACACCAGCACUCAGGUGAAGGUGUGGAGGCUGGACGGCUCUGAUCUCCUCAGCAGCAGUUGUAAUGAUGAAGGCUCGCUGGUUCUUGGAGUCUUGGAGGACUCUGUGGUCUCUCUGUGUGAUUCUGGUUGGGUCAGAAUAUUUCAACCUGUGAACCAGACUCAGCCUGUGGAGACUCGGUUGGCGAACUCACAGAGAUGUUUGACUCCUGUAAAAUCUGUGACAUUACCAAAACGAGAGAAAGUGUUCCUGGUUUCUAAAGAAGGAUUCCUCUAUCAGAUUUCUCGUUCAGGGAAACACACAGUGGCUGAGUUUCCUCUGGUUCCUUCUUUGCUUUCAGUCACUGAAGAAGAAAAGAUUCUGAUAGCAGGUAGUGAUCGGACUCUGAGCCUGUUUAACAUCAGCAUAGACUCUGUGGACAGAUUCCUUCAACUCAAUCACGACGACUGUGUUUUAUCUGCCUGUGUCUCAUCGGACUGCAGACUGCUCGCCUCUGGAGCUGCUGACCAACUCAUACGAAUCUGGUCGGUGACCACAGGUGCGCUGUUGGACUGUCUUCAUGGCUCAGAUGCUCCGGUCACUUCUGUGUGUCUGCAUAAAGGUUUUGUGGUUUCAGCAUCAACGUCUGCCACCUGCAUCAAUCUGUGGAGUCUAAAAUACGAAGAACGCCACAAACCCACUGCACACAUCCCUGCAGGUUGCGCCCACAUCGCCCUCUCCAAAGAUGCAGAUCAAAUUUUCUACGUUAGACAGCAGAGCCAGACGGAGGUUAUCGUCUGGAACAACCUCACAGGUUCUUUGUCAGAUCGCCAUGCAGUCUCUGCUCAGGUGUGCUGUCUAGAAGUGGCUCAGCACAAACGGCUGCUGUUCUGCGGUCUGAUCACCGGCACCGUCUUCAUCUACCCCAUUGACCUCCCUCAGGAGACGCUCUGCAUCCCCCCUCCAGUGAGCCUCAGCAGGGUGCUCUGCCUCGCGGUUAGCACCAAGGAGAAGCACAUUGCGGUGGCGUAUGAAGACUCUGUGUGUCUGUUCGAGAUCACCACCAGAGACAGCUUCCCCACAGUGGAGGGACCUCUGCAGGGGUUCCCUCUGUCCCUACUCCACGCCCCCCUGUCCUCCAUGGCCCUGCUUUCUGACCUCCAGCUGCUCUAUGGGACGAGCUGCGGACAGGUGAAGCUGCAUGACUUCAGCAGCGGUCGCAGCUCUGAUCUGGAGGCUCAUCGUAGCAGAGUGACGUGUGUGACUGCCAGUAACUGGGGGACACACGCGCUGGUGGGCUCUGAGGAUGCAGUCCAGAGGCUGUGGGCCCUGAACCCACUGGUCCUGGACCACACCAUCGAGUACAAGGGUUUUUUCUUCGAGGGCGUCCUCUCUGCUGCUUUCUCUGAAAGCGAUAAAUUCGUCUUCACAGGAUCCCAGGACAGAACUGUGAAAGUCUGGGACGUCCCCACAGGUAACCUUCUGUACGUUCAGUACGUCUACUCGCCGGUCGUCAGGAUGGCGACAUAUAGGAAUGGCUUUGUGGCGUUGUCUCAGCAGGGCUCUGUCAUCAGGGAGGUGUUUCGCUGUCCAGAUCACAUCAGUCCGGACUGGAACCCUCUGAGGAAUGUGAAGGCUCAGUACCAGGUCACCUCCAGGGAGAAGAACCAGGAUGGUCAGCAGAACUCUGCGUCGGACCUGCAGGACUUUAACCCCGCUCAGUUCAACCUGAACCUCAUGAGCAUGCUCAAAGCCAAACCCUCCACCUCCUGUCUCAUACUGUAGGACAGUGAGGUUCAA